CAUGAGGAGAAAGUACAAGGUCAGGAAGAACCAGUGUUACAUGUUCCACAUGUAUGUGGGAGUGCGAGCAGGUGGAGGAAUUGGUGACCAGAUUGAGGAUCCAGCUGGUGAUGAGUAUGAGAUCUACCGGAUCAUCUUCGACAUCACGUUCUUCUUCUUUGUCAUUGUAAUCCUCCUGGCUAUCAUCCAGGGGUUAAUCAUUGAUGCCUUUGGAGAUCUGAGGGAUCAGCAGGAACAAGUGAAAGAAGACAUGGAGACCAAAUGUUUUAUCUGUGGAAUAGGUAAUGACUACUUUGACACCGUGCCACACGGCUUUGAAACGCACACUCUACAGGAGCACAACUUAGCCAACUACCUAUUCUUUCUGAUGUAUCUCAUCAACAAAGAUGAAACAGAGCACACAGGCCAGGAGUCUUACGUAUGGAAAAUGUACCAGGAACGUUGUUGGGAGUUUUUCCCCGCUGGUGACUGUUUCCGGAAACAGUAUGAGGAUCAGCUCAACUGAGUCAACCUUGGAGUGACAGACUCUUAACUCUGAAAGGCCGACUGCAGCCAUCUGGCCUCUGCUUGUCCCUCAAACGUUUAUUACUUUUCUGAGGAGGCUGUACCAAAUGAUGGGUUCCUCUCUAUGUGUCAUCUCUCCUCAAGUGGCCAGGCUCUUCAACGGGAUGCACCCUGCCAUUGUCAUCCAGACAGUCAGCUCCACCCCCCGACCUUUAGCACACUCUGCUUUUGAGACCUUGUACAUAGAAAACUUCAGAAAAUAUGAUGUACAAUACAUGACAGGUAGCAGGUCUAGAAUUUUUUCACUCUGAUGACUUCCUUGCUUCCUCUUAUUCUAUAUUCAAAGUAACUUGCAAAAAAUACAAAGGAUUAAUGGAUUGAGGGUAAAAGAAGAAACCUGAAGAAUGUUUUACUUUUAAUAUGACCAUGUCUACGCCCUUUCAUGUUUAUAAUGCACGAUUCAUAUAGGUACAGGUGGUGGAUACAAUAAUCAAACAAGUUGACGACUUAUUCUGGCAAGAAGAACUCUGCAGCAAAUCUACACUUCAAUAAGCUUAAAGUCGUGCUGACCUGAAUACGAUGGACAAUGAAAAUCGAACACAGCACCAAAGUGGAGACUUCAGAACAAUCAGAAAGCUGAAUGAAGCCCCUGUGCAAAGAGGAACAUUUUCACAAACAGAGCUGCUGUGUUGAGUUGAAUUACAGUUUGGUCCAAGAGUUUGAACAAUAACACAUGUUCUUCUCACUUUACUUACUUAUACCACCAUCACAGUGGAUCUCAAGUCAAACAAUGUAGAUCACUAAAUACUUGAUUUGCCUUCAGCUACUGCUUGUUUGUGUUCUUCAGCCUUCACUUUUUUGUUCGGUAAAUGAAAAUGCUCCUUCGGGUUGAGAUCAAGUGAGAGACUUGGUCAUUGAAGAAUAUCACAUUUCUUUGGCUUUAGAAAACCUUGAGGAUAAACAUAUUUUCAAAAGCUAGCCACGUAGUAAACACCCUUUAUCAUUGUCAAUUUAUCAUUGUCAGUAAAAUCAAAUAAAGUGCACACCACUGGUUACACUCAAGAAGAGGAAGGCAAGAAUACAUUUUGACAGAAAACAUCGUCCACCCGGUUCUGUAUUAAGUUCUUUAAACAGAUGAAACCUAGGCUGACUUGUACCAGAAUGAUGGGAAGAGAAAAGUAUGGAGAACAAAAGGAACGGCUCAUGAUCCAAAACACACCAUCCAUCAAAUGUGAUACAGUGCACUGGCAUGUGGGGCUGCCAGUGGGACUGGGUAGAAACAGCAGAAUUAAUUGUGAAGUGUACAGGGCUGUACUCUGCUCAAAUUCAGCCAAAUACUGCAAAACUGGUUGGAAAGCAUUUGUCAGAGCAAAUUGAUAAUGACCUCACCACAAAAGAAACUGUCACGGGGUGCCGAGGCAGGCCGUGUGUAAAUAUAAAUGGACCCAAGAUGCAGACUGCUUAAGUGGUGAGCGAGCUUUAUUAACCAAAGAGUGACACAAACGGAGAUAAGGUGGACAAAAAACCAA